AUGGCCUUCUCCGCAGCAUUCCGUUGCCCCUCUUCACCAUCUCUUUGCCGCGCGCCAAAGAUCUCUGCAAUUUCUAGCUCUCCUCCGCCUCCAUCUUCAAUCUGUUUUAGGUCCUCUCCUUCAAGUAUCAAUCGCCAGAAAUUCCCCUCUAUUCCAUUGGCUUCGGUCCAAGCACCAGCAGCAGCUGGAGAAGUUGCUCCUGCGAUUUCCUUGACAGACAAUGCUCUGAAACACCUGAAUAAGAUGAGAGCUGAGCGGAAUGAAGAUUUGUUUCUUAGGAUUGGUGUCAAGCAAGGAGGAUGCUCUGGUAUGUCUUAUACAAUGGAGUUUGAGCGCAGAGAAAAUGCUAGACCAGAUGAUUCUAUCAUUGAGUACAAUGGCUUUGUCAUUGUUUGUGAUCCGAAAAGCCUUCUCUUCCUCUUUGGGAUGCAGCUGGACUACAGUGAUGCACUCAUAGGUGGAGGAUUCUCUUUCAAGAAUCCCAACGCCACACAAACAUGUGGAUGUGGUAAAUCAUUUGCAGCAGAAAUGUGAUGACAUUCACGCUGAAUUAAUAUACUUACACUGGUAGUUCGGAUUAUAACAAUAGAUAUUGUUUCUUGCAAUUCGCACAAUUCGGUGACGCAGUAUAUGAAAAUGUGAAGACAUUGUUUUUAGUAAUCAAAUAUGGUACAGUAUUUGGUAGUGUCAA